AUGCAAGGAAGUUAUGGCUCCAGGGAUGCCGAAACAUCAUCUAUACAUUCGGCAACUCCAACAUAUGUGUCCGAAGUGCCAUCGUACCAUUCAGGAAGAUACAGCGAUGAUGCCCCUCCAUACACUCCUCAAAGAGUGGAUAACAUGGCGACCCGAAUGUCUAGCAACAGGCUUGGUGCACGGACAAGCGCAAUCGGAUUGCCACCGAUCCCGUCUGUGAAGCCAGAAAUAAGUUUAAACAUGUUGAACUUCGGCACACCGUCUUGGAAGGUAGCUAGCAACCCUACGGUAAGACAAUACCGCAAUGUUGCCGAGCGCCGCGUGAUCGAAAACCGGCUUCGCCGCAGCGAACAAGAUGUCAAAGUGCCGGCCACCGCAGUAGUCAAAGAGCCUGCGCCUCUAAGGCCACUAGAGGAUCCAUACUUGGUAGGUGAAGCAGCGGCAGCAGCCGAAAAGCGAGAAAGAUUGGCAAGAGAAGCUAGAGACGACAUAUUGUUGAUUGAAGACAGACACUGGGACUGGUUUCUAGCGACAAUGAAUGAUUGGGAUGAAAGGGAACGCAGUUGGGCCAAAUUUCGCGCGCGACGUAAUGAGAAAAACCAAAGCUCAGUCCUCCGUAACCGAUGGACCAGCCGCUGGCUCCCAACUACUUGA